AUGACUACACCAAGGGCCAAAUGGUCGGCUUUUCCUUUUGUUUCCAAUAGUCUCGACGGCGUCAAACAGCUGCCCUAUCAGGAAAAUUUGCUUCUCAAGUACUUCAUAUGCAUUUCAGGCCAGACAAUCAGGAUUCAUGUGUACAGCUUGCAUCACCGCUGGGUCGCCUAUGUCGCGCAAAUCAAUUACCCCCUUGGUAUAACCUCAUACAACCCCGCCAGUAAACUCUUUUCAGUCAUCACUGGCCUAACGCUGGCAGCCAUUGCCUCGGCUCAAAAUGCCAGCUGCCAUGAAGUUGCAUUCACUUUGUCGGGUGCUGCCGAAAACUAUGAUCUAAGUCACUACAACCAAUCCACUCCAGCCUUCAUACAAACCGCUAUAUACGAUAUAGUGAGUGGGUGGUUUACGACCAAAUCAGUCAACGGAACCGAUACCAUUGCCGGAUAUUACUGCGAACCGACGAUUAAAAACGAAAAUAGCACAAAGCUGCAGCUUAUGUUUCAUUCUAUCACCGCGAAUCGAGACUACUGGUCGGCUAUGGGAGGUGAAACUCACCUAGCUCUUAUUGCAAUUUGUCCAAUCUGA